AUGGCGGCGGCGGCGGCGGCGGCGGCUGGGGAGGGAGGAGUAGGAGGAGACAACAGCGCGGGCGACCUGUUGCGCAUCUUCGUGGGUGGGCUGGCGGAGAGCGUGGGCGCGGCCGACCUAGAGGCCCUGUUCGCCUCCGCCGUUCGCGUCGCCGGCGUCGAGUUCGUGCGCACAAACGGACGCAGCUUCGCCUACGUCGACUUCCACUGCCCCAACGACAAGGCGCUCGCCAAGCUCUUCUCCACCUACAAUGGGUGCAAAUGGAAAGGAGGGAAGCUCAAGCUGGAGAAGGCAAAAGAGCACUACCUCACUCGCCUUAAACGAGAAUGGGAGCAGGAUGCGACUGCAGCGGCGUCAAAGGAAGCUGCGCUGAAAGAUAAUGCAGAGAACCAGAAGCCGAAACUAGACAAGGCUGCUUUGGAGGGCAUGAAGAUUAACAUCUACUUCCCAAAACUGAGGAAGGUGAAAGCUUUGCCAUUGAAAGGCACAGGAAAGCAUAAAUACAGUUUCCGACAUAUUGAAGUUCCUUCUUAUCCUAUUCAUUUCUGUGACUGUGAGGAGCAUUGUGGACCUCCUGAGGAAGCUAAUAAUGAAUAUGCUUCUGUUCUUAAUGCUGCUGCAUAUGAGAAGGAACGUAACAUUAUGAAUUCUGUGAUGAACAAGCUUUUUGAGAAGGAAAAUGAACAUCUUGAUUCAUGUGAAGUGGAGAAAUUUGAUGGUCAUACUGACACCAUUGAACCCUCUGAUGCUGUGAAUGACAUGCAAAUUGAAGAAACGGAAGAGGCUCCAGAGGUGGAUCUGGAUGACUUGCCAAUGGAAGAAACAGAAGAGUCUUCAGACGAAGAUUUAGAUGAUGACCUUGUGAUUAACAUUGCUCCCCGCAAGUCCAAUAAAUCAGCAGUUCGAGCGAACAUGGAAAAGCAGGAAGUGAAUCAGGACUCACAGUUACAAAAGCGUCCAAGGAUUGAAGAGCCUUCCCUGCCGAAAAAGAGGCAGAAAUCUGAAGCCUCAUCUGAACCUAUAAAAAGGAAUGGAGAACAUGUUUCGGUUAUUUCAGACACUAGAACCGCAGGCAAGACUUUGCCUGCAAAAUCAGAAGCCAGCCAAAAUGAACAAAAGUCUCUGGGUUUGAAAGGAAAAGGAACAUAUGAGUUCUCUUCAGCACUCCCCAAAGAUAAAAGCUCUACAGGUUCUCAAGGCAUUAUGGCUCUAGCAAGUUCUUCUACCAAAAAUGAAAGUGCACAAAAUAUUGGUUCUACUGAACCUAAAAAAGGUUAUUCAUGGACUCAGAAAUCAGCCUGGAGAGAUCUUGUAGGGGGCAUGGGGAGCACAUCUUUCAGCCUAUCACAGGUGUUACCGAACAACAAUUCAGCACCAGCAGUACUUUCAAAUGUUACUGGUAGUGAGAGAUCUUCAAAAUCCUUGGAAGCUACAACACAACUCUCAUCUGAGCAGAGGUUGCCGAGUUCCAUGGGAAUGCUGUCUACCGGCACUACAGAUGAGUCAACAGGCGAUGCCAUUGGUGGUGAGCCUAAGGAGAGCAAUAAGCUGCAAAAGGUGCGGGUGGUCCCAAAGAUCACCAUUAGUGAAGUUUGCCCUUUCAUGAGAAGCACAGAGUCACAAAAGCAAUGGUCAAAGGCAAAGAAAGUUAUAAGUGGGUUUGCGAAGAAGGGAAACGAGAGCAGCGCCGGAAAGGGAAAGCCAUCGAAUAAGCAAUAA